AUGGAGCCCGAUGUCGAAGACUGUUUGAGAGUCUUUGUAAAGCAACUUGGAGACUUGAGUCAGACUCAAAAUCCCAUCGACCUUCAGUUUUGGAUGCAGUGUUAUGCAUUCGAUGUUGUCAGUCAAAUCACAUACUGCGCUAUGGUGGGAAUAGAACACGAGCUACAUGGAACCCUCGACUGGAUACUGUCCAAACUCCCACCAGGACAGCUGAUGAAUGGGGUCAACUUCACUGCCGAGCAGCUGAAAAAGGGCAGAGUCCGGUUUGACAUGGAAAAGGGGAGCCCAGACAGGCAAGACUUCAUGUCCAAGCUCUUCCGUCUACACCACGAAAAUCCCGGAAAGUUCCCAGAAAGCGCGGUCUUUACGACCUGUAUGACCAACAUUGGAGCUGGCUCUGACACAACUUCGAUAUCACUGUGCGCUGUUAUCUAUGACCUUGCGUCCCACCCCAGGGUGCUUCAGAGGCUUCGGGAAGAUAUCGACGCCAAAUUCGCAGAGCUAGACAACCCUGAGUUCAUCCCUUUCAAAGACGCCCAAGCUAUGAGCUAUCUCCAGGCUUGCAUCAAGGAGUCACUCAGACUACAUCCAGCAACAGGUCUUCCGCUAGCCCGUGUUGUCCCUAAAGGUGGCGUGAAUCUUCUUGGCAGAGACUUCAACGAGGGUUGCGUUGUAGGCGUGAAUACUUGGGUCUUGCACCGGAAUAAGGAUGUUUUCGGUGCUGAUGCCGAUGAAUACCGCCCUGACAGGUGGUUUAGUCAGGACAAAGAACACAUUUCUCUCAUGGAAUCGAAUUGGAUACCGUUCGGGGUAGGUUCUCGUACCUGCAUUGGGAAAAACAUCAGCUUGCUGGAAAUCAACAAGCUUGUGCCCAUCUUGGUCAAGACCUUUGACUUCACACCCGUGGAGCCGGAAAGAAUCCGGCAUGAGAACUACUGGUUGGUUAAACAGGUCGAUAUGUUAUGCAAAGUUUCACCGAGAAGUCCCUAG